AUGUUCACAGGGGCAUCUCGGAGUCCACGGCGGCCAGAAGCCAGGAGCACAAGGCAGGAGUCCGUAGAGCAUCGAGACUUUGGAGAUGGCCCGGAACCAAACACCCUGCCCAAAGUGGUCAACGAAGUACAAAGUGAAAUAAACAUAUCUUGGGAUUUUAUGACCAGUUCCGAGUUCAAUCCCGUCCCCCAUGCGCUAUCGCUUCUAGACGAGAGCUCGCUAGGCCGGGACUAUGUAGCCUUCUGUGCCAUCUAUGACAAGUUGGAGAUGGCCAUGGAUGUAGUCGUAAACGACUACCACCAGGCGUUCAACACAGCCAUCCAAACAUUCAGCAACGUCGUGGAGAACAUCACCGACUCCCAACGCCGCGUCCGAGACUCGCGCAAACGACUCGAGAACAGCAAAGAAUGGCUCCAAUGCAAGCGAUUCGAUCUGCUCCAUCUGUGGUUGAAAAGUUUGCAGUAUAAGGAGAUUGCGAGGAUAUUGGAUAUGGUAGAAGACCUCCAAACAAUGCCAGCCCGCCUUGAAGCGCUGAUACAGGGGAAAUACUACCUAACAGCCGUGCGGCUGCUGCAAUCCGCCACCCGAUCGAUUGAGGAGGGUGAAUGCGCGGAAAUCGGGGCGCUGGAGGCUGUUGCGCAGAAAUUGCAUGAGAUUAGGACGUCGAUACACGAGACGCUGAUCGAAGAGCUGCAUAGUCAUAUAUACCUCAAGAGCGCGUUCAGCUUGUAUCGUCUUGAUGCAGUUGAUCAGUCGGAGCUCCACAAUGAGAACCACUGGACAGACCCGUCGCAGAAAUCGAAUCGCGAGCGCCCGGGGAAGACGGGAGAUGAGGCAUGGCAAAGCAAACUCCGCCGUGACAGCGACGCCUGGGAGCCAGAGAUCACCGAGGACCUCGAAGCCAACCCGGAGGCGGACUCGUUCCAGUUCAUAUUGUGCAUCAUGGAGGCGCUGUUCCUUUUGGGCCGUGUGAGGGAGGCUAUGGAGCUCAUUCGUGACAGACUCCCCAUCGAACUCUACUAUGUAGUCGAGCGAACCGUCCAAGAAGCCGACCACAACGUUACGAUCCCCCUCUCCAAAAACGACGAGCCCCCUGACCGGGUCCUCGCAUCCCGCCCACCGAAUCUCCUCGGCACGACGACGCGGGCCGUGGACGCGCAGACGUUGCUUCAGUUCUUGUGGCAGCUAUUUAGGAAGUUUGAGAGCAUUAUCCAGGCGCAUUUGUUUGUGCAGGCUAUUUUGGCGGAUUUUGCGGGGCGGCAAACGGAUGAGCAUCUAGAAGGCCUCUACAGCAGCCGCGACGUCUGGUACAGCGCGCAAAACGAGCUCAAAGCCCUCAUCUACGAAUACGUCUCCAGCUCCGAACGCAAAGGCUCGGAACCCAACGCCGCCGUCACGCUCAACGACAUGCUGAAGGAUAAACGGCGGGCCAAGAUCCGGACCGAUUCUCAGCCCCUCUUUAAAGUCGUCGGCACGGACGCCUCCGAGAUGCUCACCACCUACAAAUCCAUCAACCCGGACGCGGAACGCGCGCUCGCGCAGGACGUGCUGAAAGUGCGCGUCAACUCCACCCCGCUGGACACCCGCUCGGGUUCCGACGACGAGGCCGAGGGUGAGGGCGACGGCGAGGGCACGACGGCGGGGAUCGUGGACACGUACGCGGCUAACGCGGUCGUCACGGGCCAUCGGUUGUUGAUCAGCGCCGACCCGUACAACAUCCUGGUGGUGUUUGGGCCCACGUUUGGGUUUGUGAGAAGGAUGGAGACGGGGUUGGGGGUUAAGUUCAGCAACCUGAGAGUGUUCCUCGAGGAGUUUGUGCUCAGCGUGUUUUUGCCGCAGAUGGAGAAUAGGGUGUUGAGGUACUUCAACACUUAUGUGAACGGCAUCGACGCCUUCCACGCCGAAUCCGCCCCGGAAACCUCCCCCUACCCCCUCGCCAAAUCCACCCUCGCGCUCACCGUCCUCAUCCGCGGCAUCACGCGCGCGGUCCCGCACAUCCCCAUCCACCAAUCUGAAGCCGUGCAGAUGAUCGAUGUGGUGUUGAGGAGCUACUACGAGAAGUGUUUGGCGAGGUUCAAGGCGUUGACGAGCAGCAACCAGCCCGGCGCGGAUGGCGGGUACAGCAGCAUCGUGAGCGCGGCGUGGGUGCAGGACGACGAGAUAUUCGAACUCCUAUCCGAACGCGCGGUUUACCACGACGAUGCAACGGACGCAGGCAGCGACUUUACGACCAAACUCGCCCACCGCGAAACCUUCGCCGAGCUCGCGCUGAAGAAGGACCGCUCGUUCCACCGCAGCGAGCUGUUGCUGGAGCAUCGCACGCUCAAGAAUCUCGGCAGCUUGCAUCAUUCGAUCGAAUGGUUCGUCGAGCAAACAACCCACCUCCUCUCCGUCCCGCCCGACCGCCCCAGCACCGCCCGGCACUCGGGGCUGAGACUCAUGGCCGGCGCGCAGAGUUCGAACGAGAGUCUGGCGAGUUUUUUCCAACUUAGUUCGGAUUCCCUGCCGGAGUUGCCGGUCGGGAGGGGCGAGGAGGUGCCGAUUGCGUUGGCGGAGGAGAUGGUUGAACGGUUCAAAGCCCUCCUCACCAAUUUCCGCCGCCUGUCCGACCUCUGCUUGUUCGUGCUGCGCGUGGAGCUGCGGUGCCAUUCCAUGUUCUUUUUGGAUCUGGCGAUGCGGGAGGGCACGUAUGAUCUGGACGACGACACGCAGGACCCGGACCCGUACAUCGGCAUCCUGAACACGGACCUGUCGACGCUGGAGGAGGUGCUGAGCGGGGUGAUGGGGCCCAAACGGACCCGCUUCAUCUUCUCCGGCCUCCCCCACCUGAUCUCGGCAACGCUGACCGCGGCCCUCCCGCACAUCAAGAAACCCACCGUCCCGCACGGCACCCGCAAGCUGGUGCGCAACGUGUGCGCGCUGCAGCAGAACCUGACCAACAUCGCCAGCGUACAUGAUGUCGGCCUCGAGAGGGCGAAGGACUACUUUGCCCUGCUUGAAUUGCCGGGGGAGGAGCUGAUCAAACAGCUCGGCGACCCGCAUCUGAAGGGGCGGUUCACGUACGAGGAGUGCAGGGUGGUCCUGGACCUGAUCUUUGCAGACGCGAGGGAUGACGUGGCCCGCGCGCGGUGGGAGGAGUGUGGGAGGGCGUUGAGGGAGUGGUUUACCAAGCAUUGA